GGUGAGUAGGGCUUUAUUUUGUAACCUUCAGAGCCAGACUACCAUGGAACUUCGGUGGUCAUGGUGGAUUGCUGGCCCAACAAGAGCCUAGUCAUGGGCAGCCCGGUGUCUCUGAGGCAGGCAUGGUGGCAGGCUGUCCCGGGUAAUCACUCCAGGCAGCCCACGGAAAAACCGCUUUCUGGUUAAGUCUGCCUCAUAGCGUUCCAUCAAUGGAAAAAAUUGAACAUGAUGAGGGUGUGUAACGAGCAGACAGAAAUAUAUCCAGCAUUGCACAGGAUCCGUUUUUAGCUCUCAACGGCUGAGCAGUCGAAGUGUUAGACACCGUUUCCUGGCUCAGCCGGGCAGAAGGAAGACAGAGCGUAGCUUCUAGCUGGGUGGAACUUUGUUAAGCAAAAGCUCCGGAGAACAACCGGCCACAGCCAUCGUUCUGACCAAGGAUUACUUCACAGACUCGACCCACACACCUAUGUUUGUUAAAUACCUGCAUUGUUCCCCAAGAUCACGUAAAACCCACUAAGCAUUAACCUCCCUCCCAGCAAAAGCCAGGCUGCAGUGUAAAUUAGACCAUGGCUCAUAUUGAUACAACUGUUCGCAAUUUUGGUUAAAAUGGGGAACUCCGAGAGUCAAUAUACCUUCCAAGGAUCCAAGAAUCACAGCAAUACUGUCACCGGUGCUAAGCAAAAGCCUUGCUCUCUGAAAAUACGCAGCAUUCAUGCAAAAGACGAGAAGUCCUUGCAUAGUUGGACUCAUGGGAGCAGUGGAGCAGGCUACAAGUCCAGGUCCCUAGCCCGAAGCUGCCUUUCUCACUUUAAGAAUCACCAGCCUUACGCCACCAGACUCAGUGGGCCCACGUGUAAAGUCUCAAAGGGCACUGCCUACUCUAAGCACAGAGCAAACGCCCCAGGAAAUGAUUUCCAGGGCAACAAUGGUGCUUUCUUACCCGAGAAUGGCUUCCACUACGUUGGCCGCGAGUCAGGGGAGAGCCACAUCCCCUCCAGGGACUGCAAUGGCCACCUUCUCACCUGCUAUGGGAGAAAUGAGAGCCUGGCCUCCACCCCUCCAGGCGAGGACCGCAGGAGCCCCAGGGUGCUCAUCAAGACACUGGGGAAGCUAGACGGGUGUUUAAGAGUCGAAUUCCACAACGGUAGCAACCCCCACAAAGGGCCCUCCGAGGACCCCAGCGGACCUGUACAGCUGCUGAAAUACUCCCCUACGUUAGCAUUGGAAACCUGCCUGGUGCCGGAAACUAGGCGGCAUUCCGGUGCAGGCUCCCCAUCCAGCCAGAGGCCUUCUCCCACUGACUCUCGCCUGCGCUCCAGCAAAGGCAGUUCCCUGAGCUCGGAGUCAUCCUGGUAUGACUCCCCCUGGGGAAACGCUGGGGAGGUGAGUGAGGUGGACGGCUCCUUCCUGGCUCCCAGCACCCCAGACCCCAGCCUCCCCAGCAGCUUCCCACCCAGUGACACCAAAAAGCCUUUCAACCAAAGCUCUUCCCUCUCCUCCCUCCGGGAAUUGUACAAAGAUCCCAAUAUGGGGUGCCGCUCACCUUCCGGGACCUGCCUUUCUUCCAAUGAGUACAUCAGCUCCCAAGUCAGCAUGAACAACCGAGUCUCGUUUGCAUCUGACAUGGAUGUGCCCUCCAGAGUGGAUCCCAGGGAUCCCAUGCACUACAGUUCCUUUACUCUCCCGUGUCGCAAGUCCAAAGCCUUAACUGAGGAUGCGGCUAAGAAAGACACCCUUAAAGCCAGAAUGCGUCGCUUCAGUGACUGGACAGGAAGCCUCUCCAGGAAGAAGAGGAAACUGCAGGAACCCAGGUCCACGGAGGGCAGUGAGUACUUCGAUAGCCACUCAGAUGGACUGAAUGCGGAAGUGCAGGUGCCUGCGCAGACAUCUGCCUUACUGUGGUCAGGAGGCUCAGUUCAGACCCUGCCUCACAGAAGUGAAUCCACUAACGCAGUCGGCGGCGAUCCCCUCCGACAGAACAUCUAUGAGAAUUUCAUGAGAGAGCUCGAGAUGAGCAGGAGCAACAUGGAGCAUGUGGAAACGUCCACAGAGACCGUGGAGUCCAGCAGCGAGUCCCUCAGCUCGUUGGAGCAGCUGGAUCUGCUCUUUGAGAAGGAGCAGGGGGUGGUCCGGAAAGCUGGGUGGCUCUUCUUCAAACCCCUUGUCACCUUACAGAAGGAGAGGAAACUGGAGCUGGUGGCCCGGAGGAAGUGGAAACAGUACUGGGUGACCCUGAAAGGCUGUACUCUGCUGUUUUAUGAGACCUAUGGAAAGAAUUCCAUGGACCAGAAUAGUGCCCCACGGUGUGCCCUCUUUGCAGAGGACAGCAUCGUGCAGUCUGUCCCAGAGCAUCCCAAGAAGGAACAUGUGUUCUGCCUGAGUAACUCCUGUGGGGACGUCUACCUAUUCCAGGCCACUAGCCAGACAGAUCUGGAGAACUGGGUCACAGCCGUACACUCGGCGUGCGCAUCCCUCUUUGCAAAGAAGCAUGGGAAGGAGGACACGGUGCGGCUGCUGAAGAGCCAGACCAGAAGCCUGCUUCAGAAGAUAGACAUGGAUAGCAAGAUGAAGAAGAUGGCAGAGCUGCAGCUGUCUGUGGUGAGCGACCCCAAGAACAGGAAGGCCAUCGAGAACCAGAUCCGGCAAUGGGAGCAGAAUCUGGAAAAAUUCCACAUGGACCUGUUCCGCAUGCGCUGCUAUUUGGCGAGCUUACAAGGUGGGGAGUUACCAAAUCCCAAGAGUCUCCUUGCUGCCACCAGCCGCCCCUCCAAGCUGGCUCUUGGCAGGCUGGGCGUCUUGUCCGUUUCAUCUUUCCACGCUCUGGUAUGUUCCAGAGAUGAUUCUGCUCUCAGGAAAAGAACACUUUCCCUUACCCAGAGAGGAAAAAGCAAGAAAGGCAUAUUUUCUUCAUUGAAAGGUCUGGACACCCUAGCAAGGAAGGGGAGGGAGAAGAGAGCUUCCAUAACUCAGAUGUUUGAUUCUAGCCACAGCCAUGGAUUUCUUGGAACUCAGCUACCUCAAAAGUCCACUAACUCCAAUGAGGUCCAUGACCUGCACCUGUAUGGCUCCGCAGUAGACGGCGCUCUCCGAGACAGCACGUGGGAAGUCCAGACUUAUGUCCACUUCCAGGAUAACGAAGGAGUCACUGUGAUCAUCAAGCCAGAGCACAGAGUGGAAGAUGUCCUGGCUUUGGCGUGCAAGAUGAGACAGUUGGAACCCACUCACUAUGGUCUUCAGCUCCGAAAAGUGGUCGAUAAAAGUGUGGAAUGGUGUGUGCCCGAGCUAUAUGAAUACAUGCAAGAGCAGGUUUAUGAUGAAAUUGAAGUUUUCCCACUCAGUGUGUAUGACGUGCAGCUAACCAAGACUGGGGAUAUGACUGACUUUGGGUUUGCAGUCACAGCUCAGGUGGACGAGCACCAGCAUCUCAGUCGGAUAUUUAUAAGCGACGUUCUCCCUGACAGCCUGGCAUAUGGAGGAGGGCUGAGAAAGGGCAACGAAAUCACGACCUUAAAUGGGGAAGCAGUGUCUGACCUCGACAUCAAGCAGAUGGAGGCUUUGUUUUCUGAGAAGAGCGUCGGACUCACUCUAGUCGCCAGGCCUGUGGCCACAAGAAGAACCCUGUGUGCUUCCUGGUCAGAUAGUGACCUGUUCUCCAGGGACCAGAAAAGUCUGCCGUCCUCUCCCAACCAGUCCCAGCUGCUGGAGGAAUUCCUGGAUAACUUUAAGAAAACCUCCACAAAUGAUUUCAGCAAUGUCCCUGACAUCACAACCGGCCUGAAGAGGAGCCAGACAGAAGGCACCCUGGAUCAGGUGCCCCGCAGGGAGAAGAUCGAGCAGACAUUCCCGAGUGCUGACCAGAUUGCUGAGCUCUGCAGGGGCUUGAACAGCACCCACGCCAACAGUAUGGAAGCACCAACAGAGAGCCAUGACCCGCCUCCCAGGCCUCUGGCUCGUCACCUCUCAGAUGCAGACCGUCUCCGGAAAGUCAUCCAGGAGCUUGUAGACACGGAGAAGUCUUAUGUGAAGGAUCUGAGCUGCCUCUUUGAACUGUACUUGGAGCCACUUCAGAAUGAGACCUUCCUUACCCAAGAUGAGAUGGAGUCACUUUUUGGGAGCCUGCCAGAGAUGCUGGAGUUUCAAAAGGUGUUCUUGGAGACUCUAGAGGAUGGGAUCUCUGCUUCCUCAGACUUCAGUGUCCUGGAAACCCCCUCACAGUUUCGGAAACUGUUGUUCUCCCUGGGAGGUUCUUUCCUCUACUAUGCAGAUCACUUUAAACUGUACAGUGGAUUCUGUGCCAACCACAUUAAAGUACAAAGGGUUCUGGAGCGAGCUAAAACCGACAAGGCCUUCAAGGCUUUUCUGGAUGCCCGAAAUCCCACCAAGCAGCACUCCUCCACGCUGGAGUCGUAUCUCAUCAAGCCUGUUCAGAGAGUGCUCAAAUACCCUCUGCUCCUCAAGGAGCUGGUGUCACUGACUGACCAUGAGAGUGAAGAACACUACCACCUGACAGAAGCACUAAAGGCCAUGGAAAAAGUAGCCAGUCACAUCAAUGAGAUGCAGAAGAUCUACGAGGAUUACGGGACAGUGUUUGACCAGCUGGUGGCGGAGCAGAGUGGCACAGAGAAGGAGGUAACAGAGCUGUCCAUGGGGGAACUUCUGAUGCACGCUACAGUUUCCUGGUUGAAUCCGUUCCUGUCUCUAGGAAAAGCCAGGAAGGACAUUGAGCUCACAGUAUUUGUUUUUAAGAGAGCUGUCAUAUUGGUUUAUAAAGAAAACUGCAAGCUGAAAAAGAAACUGCCCUCAAAUUCCCGGCCCGCUCACAGCUCUGCUGACUUGGACCCGUUUAAAUUCCGCUGGUUGAUUCCCAUAUCUGCGCUUCAAGUUAGACUUGGGAACACGGCAGGGACUGAAAACAAUUCCAUGUGGGAGCUGAUUCAUACCAAGUCGGAAAUUGAAGGACGGCCAGAAACCAUCUUCCAGCUGUGCUGCAGUGACAGUGACAGCAAAACCAGCAUUGUUAAGGUGAUUCGUUCUAUUCUGAGAGAGAACUUCCGGCGCCACCUAAAGUGCGAGUUACCACUGGAGAAGGCAUGUAAGGACCGGCUAGUACCUCUUAAGAACCGAGUUCCUGUUUCAGCCAAAUUAGCCUCAACCAGGUCAUUGAAGGUCCUCAGAACAUCCUCCAGCAGCGAGUGGCCCAGCGAGCCCAGCAAGGGCAGCUCACUGGACUCGGAUGAGUGCAGCCUGAGCAGUGGCACCCAGAGCAGCGGCUGCCCGGUAGCCGAGAGCAGGCAAGACUCUAAGAGCACCGAGCUGGAGAAAGACUCGCAUGAAUGCCUGGCAGAGUUUCCAGAUGGUCUCAUCAAAGAAAGCGACAUUCUGAGUGAUGAAGAUGAGGACUUCCAGCACCCUCUGAAACAGGGCAGCCCUACUAAGGACAUUGAGCUUCAGUUCCAGAGACUGAGAAUCUCUGAGGAACCCGACGUGCACCCAGCUGGGCAGCAGCCUCUCACAGGGCCAGGUGAACAACCCAAGCUGGUCAGGGGCCACUUUUGCCCCAUUAAACGAAAAGCAAACAGUACCAAGAGGGGCAGAGGAACUUUGCUCAAGGCGCAGACUCGUCACCAGUCCCUGGACAGCCACCCAGAAACUGCCAGCAUCGAUCUAAAUUUGGUUCUGGAGAGAGAAUUCAGUGUCCAGAGUUUAACUUCAGUAGUUAAUGAGGAGUGUUUUUAUGAAGCACAGAGCCAUGGCAAAUCAUAGUAUGACUUGUGUAGUGUGGUUACAAUGCUCAUUUGUUUUCAAACUGGUGGAAAACAGAAACUGCAGGAAAACUAUUCAUGUCUGGGUUUUAUGCAGUAUAUAUAUUUUUUUUUCCACAAAACUUGUAAAGAUUUAAGUUAUUUUAAUUUAUUGUGAAUUGGAAAACUAGAUUUAGUUGGUCAGAAUCUGUAAAUUACUAGCUUCUGUCCCUUUUGAGCAGGAGUCAAAUAAUUUAGUCUUGUAAUAAAAUUGCAUUCUAAUUAUUUUAAGUUAUGUGCUUUUUUUUCUUGGUAGCCUCAACCAGGUCAUUGAAGGUCCUCAGCACAUCCUCCAGCAGCGAGUGGCCCAGCGAGCCCAGCAAGGGCAGCUCACUGGACUCAGGAUGUAGCCAGAGCAGUGGCGCCCAGAGCAGCGGCUGCCGGGAGAGCAGGCAAGACUCUAAGAGCACUGUGCUUGGGAAGGUUGUGAUUAACAGCUUUUAAAAGAGCCCUCCCUUCCAGUCCAUUGGGCAUUUUCUUUGAGCUGUUAGUUUUUGCUUUAUUUAAAGCACUUUUAAGUUAUUUUUACAUGGUUUAGGGGGACAAUGUACAGAUAUUUCAUUUUAGAAGGUUGUAAUAAAUGCUGUUUUUACUAAACAUGUCAAAUCUAUGUAGCAUAUAUAAAUUAAAGGAAAGCUUGCACUGUA